AUGGUUCAAGAUGUCAUUAGUGAAAAGCUAAGGAAUUUUAUACACUAUAUGGCGACAUUUGUCUCUGGAUUUCUGGUGGGAUUCACAACAGUUUGGCUUUAUAAUUCUCUUUGGCAUUGCUUAAUGGGUAAAAAGGUUGCAAAGCUGUUGGGAUGCACUUCAUGGUUAGGGGCUGGACCAGGGCUGAUGGAUGCUGCAACUCGGGAUGCUCUUGAAGCAGGAAAGUCGGUUGGUGGGUUCAACAUUGCUAAAGAAACAGGGGAAUGGACAGUAACCAAUUUUCAUCCGUAUCUUCCUUCUCAUGCUUACCUUACAUGCAGGUUUUUUUCUGCAAGAAAGCAUGGGUUGAUGGAUGCAGUCGUUAGAAUUAGAGAGGAUAGGAUUGGGGGACUAUUUCCAAAGGAGAGGUUUCCUCCCUUCAAUGCUAAACAGUCUCUUUGCCCUUCUUGUGGACAUACGAUCCAAUCGAGGCUAAGGGGCUGAUUCCAGAUUUGCCUGGAUUACCAGCCGAAGUGAAGUUUGACCCGAAAGAUCAAGAAAUUAUUGAGCAAUUGAAGGCUAAGGUUGUGGUGGCUUUGCUUAUUAGCAGAAAUUAUUGAGAAAUUAUGGAAUCUAACAAAUCCGGCGAUUGAACUUAUUAGCAACACACACUCAUCAACAAAUUUGAUUUUUUUUUUGUUUUUUUUGUGGUGGCUUUGCUUUUAUGAGAUAUGUGUGUUAAAUGUUAUACUUAAACGACACUUAAUGAGGAAAAAUAGAAACAGA